CUCCGUGUGGCAGGGCCUUUGUGUUUCCGUUGAGCGCCAAAACUGUUUUGUGCCCGGAACCCGGAACGAUCUUUUUAGAAGAAUUUUACGUUUUAUAUCAACAAUCAAGAUGUGUGCGGUGCGAAAUCUUCAAAACUUUCCUUCUAAUGUCCCCAUAAGCCCGUUGCGGCUGCACUAUCCGGAAUUGAAUCUAUCCCGAGAACUACCUCAUCACCAUCCCGCAGGACAGCAUGCCCGGGACGAUUGUACUCGCGACGUGAUGGUUCCGGUGGCGGAACCCCUGUCCAAGCGCAUCAUGAGUAUUCUGAUCGAGCUCGGUCCGGCCGAGGCACUACGUGAGGCCACGGGUUCCAACUCGAAGCUGGUCUCUUCAACGGCACGUUAUCUGUUAACGUUCGGCGAUCGAAUUGGGAAGCUUUUCCUAUCCUACCCGUGCCAGACAUCGCUCGAGCUGGUGGCCAAACACUCACAGACUCGCAACUGGCCGAAAAGUGCAAUCCGUGGUCUCUGUUGGCAUCCAACGACUUUCAAAUUGGCCGUUGCCACGGUCGACGAUAGCGUGCGUCUCUUCACCACCAACACACAGGUGACGCUGCUUCUGAAGAAUGGGCUGCAGAAGGGAGUCACCUGUAUGGCCUGGCGUCCCUUCACCAGCGGCGAGCUUGCAAUCGGCUGUCUGAACGGUGUGCUUCUAUGGUCUGCCGAUCCGAACAGUUUGAUCGCAAGGCCACUUACACCACCGACGCAGCUGGUCCAUGGCAAGCACCGGCCCGUGACGUCGGUAAGCUGGACAAAGGAUGGCCAGCAACUCAUAACGGCCAGUGUAGCCGAUAGCACUGUAGUUGUCUGGAGGGUCGACCAGCAGCGUAUCUCGGUAACGCACCGCGUAGGAAUGCCGUGUGCCUUUGCCAGUUGGUCACCGAACUCGAGCCAUCUGCUAGUGAGCACCAUCGGAAAGACGUUCUAUUUGUGCAACGUGCAGAGCAGAUUGGAGCGAAGACCGUGGAUGUCCUGGGAUACACCACACGGAUCGAUCCAAUCAUUCGCCUGGUCUCGUGACGAUCGACACAUCCUUUUCGUCACUACCGGAGAUAAACUGCUGUUUUACUCGCCAAUAGCAACUCAAGAAGGUUUGGACGCCACCAACAACCGCGCCUUUCAGCUGGUCGACCUGACGGAAACCACAACCGAUGAUGGUUCCGAAAUUGGUGGACUUCCGCAGGCCAUUGUUUGGUGUCCGCUUGAUCGGUUCCUGGCCAUAUCGUUCAAAAACUCUCCCACGAUUGCCGUUUUCUUCACAGCCUUCCGGGGACAGCAGUUCAGCGUCGAACCGUACUGUUUCCUUUCGGGAGGCAGCAUGGAAUAUCCGGCCUGUAUAGCGUUCCAGGAAAACUUCCGAGCCGAAUCGAUGGCUUCGGCACAAUCCGUCCUUACUAUCGGCUGGUCAUCCGGCAGGAUCGAAUACUGUCCGCUUAAGUGAGGAAGCGAUCUUGAUCCUUGGAGACAGGCAAGAAGUGUAUGUGAGGGACAAUCGAUUUUACUCUAAAUCACUCAGAUUCAGACCAGUUAGGGCAAAUAAAUGGAAUGUGCAUGUUGUGGCCACUAAAGCAGUGUUCCUU